AUGGGUUUAUUAUAUAAAUUUUUCACCAGUGUUAUUAAACCUACAGAUCUUUUUCUCGCAACAUUAUUUACAAUUUGUUCAUAUGUCUGUUAUUUUUAUUAUAAACACUUUACUCGUAUUAAUCCGCUUCCUGGACCAUUACCAUUGCCAUUAAUAGGUAGUUUCGCAAUUUUUAAAGGCGAUAUCGAUGCUUGGUUUCAUGAUUUAAACAAAAUUUAUGGACAUAAUGGUGUAUUUGAAUUAAAUAUUGCUGGCAAUAGACAAAUAGUAAUUACUCGCGCCGAAUAUGUUGAAAAAUUUUUGUUAUCAUCUGUAAAUAAUCAUGUAAUGAGAACCGCCAAUAAUGGUCUUUUGGAUUUAUUUGAUCUCGAAAAAAAGGGAGUAGGAUUGAAUCAUGAUUUCAAAUUUUGGAAAUUUAAUCGUCAAAUUUUUUCUCAGGCUGUUAUGCCGUUAAGUUAUGCUAAUAGUACCAGCAAAUAUUUAAAUCAAUUAUUUGAAGAAAUGUCAAGUAGUUGGAUGGAUUUGAAACCAAAAGAUGACGAUUCAAUCGUUAUUGACAUGUCAACUUGGAUGCGUCGAUUCACUUGCGAUUUUAUAUCUUUAUUGACAACAAGCAAACAUAUCUCUACAAUAAAAAAUUAUCAUCGUACGAUUAAAAAUGAUGUAAUCACCAAAGAAAUGGCCGAAUCCGAAGAUUUUGUUGAAAGUAUAAACAUUUUUGUAUCAGAUAAUCAAAUUUUAUUUGUACCAAAAAUUUUAAGAGAUUUGCCUUUGAUUGGAAGUCGUGUGAAUACAAUGUUAUCUAAUAAUUAUUAUCUGUAUGGAAGAUUGCUAAAUAUUAUUAAAAGGAGAAGAAAAGAAAUCGAAAAUGGUGGUCUAAAUAAUGACUCAAACCAACUUGAUUUGUUAACAACUUUGAUCGUUGCUAAUACUCCAUGUGACCCUCAUCCCCAAAAAAAUGUUGAUCCAUCAUUAUCGAGACCAAUGACCGACGAUGAAAUACGUGGCGUUAUGUUUGAUGCAUUUGUGGCUGGUACAGAUACGACUGUGAAUACUCUCUGUUUCGCAUUAUAUUAUAUUUCACAUUAUCCAAACGUUAAAAAGAAAUUGUUUCAAGAGAUUGAAUCAGUUUUCAAGAAUGAUACAACAAGACAAAUAACGUUAGAAGAUCUUGAAAAAUUAAGAUAUUGUGAAGCAAUAAUAAAAGAAGCAUCUAGAAUAAGACCUACCGUUAGCAUGGUUUCAAGAUAUAGUAAUAAACCUGAUGAAGUAGCAGGAUACCAAUGGCCAAGCGAUAUAUUAUUUAUAAUGUACGUUCGUGGAAUAAACAACAACCCACUUUAUUGGAAGGAUCCUGAAAAAUUUAAUCCAGAAAGAUUUUAUGAUCCCCAAGAGAUUGAAAAUCAACAUAAAAAUUCAUUUUCAAUGUUUGGUGGAGGUUCGAGAAUUUGUCUAGGUAGAAAGGUUGCAAUUGUUGAGAUGAAAACGAUACUAGCUUCGCUUUAUAGGAAAUAUGAUGUUGAAUUGGUAGAUAUGAAAGCGCCCCUUGAGGUUGAAACAUCAACGAUCACCAUCUGUACACUUGUCACAGAUUAUUUUUCUCCCUUAACUCAUCUUCCACUCACCAGAAAUCCGGUUACCCGAUUUUAUAAUUUGAACUUAAGAUAUAAAAGCUUGUCGCCUGAUGGCUUUGAAAAAAGGGUAUGGACAGCAAAUGAUGUUUAUCCUGGACCAAUUAUAAGAGCAAAUAAAGGUGAUCGAAUUGUUGUAAAUGUAACAAAUUAUUUUGAGCAACCUGCGUCGAUACAUUGGCAUGGUAUGUUUCAGAAAGAAAAAAAUUGGUACGACGGUGCUCCAGGAUUUACGCAAUGUCCAAUUCCAAACGAUUUUUCAUUAGUUUAUAAUUUCUCCACUCAUGAUAGUGUCGGUACUUAUUGGUGGCAUUCACAUUAUCUUGCACAAUAUGUUGAUGGCUUACGAGGAGCACUAAUAAUUCACGAUCCAGAUGAUCCAUACCUAAAAAAUUAUGAUGAAGAAUAUGUAAUUACAUUAUCGGAUUGGCAUCACGAUAAUGCUUCGAAUUUGUUAUCUAUGAGGAUGGCACCUGGAUACGAAGGCAGCGAUCCGAUUCCCGAUUCUGGUUUGAUUAGCGGAAAAGGAAGUUAUGAUUGCUCAGCUGCUACAAAAGGGUCUAAAUGUACACCGAAUGCACCGUUGGCAGUUUAUAAAUUCAAAGAAGGACAGAAAUAUCUUGAUGGGGAAUAUUUUGAGCCAUACACUGUCGAAAAAAUUCCAAUUAAUAUUGGGCAAAGAUAUUCUGUAAUCGUCGAAGCAAAUCAAUCCAUCAAAAAUUACUGGAUUCGGGCUACAAUGAAUGAAGAAUGUACGAGAAGAGACAACUUAACCAUCAAUUUUAAUUCAGCUAUAAAUAAUAAAGUUGUCGGUAUGCUUCAAUAUGAAGGGGCAAAAAAUGAUGAACCAACGACAAAGGAAUCCAAUGAACAACAUGAAAAAUGUAAAGAUUUAUCAAUAAAAAAUAUAAUUCCUUUAAAUGCAAAACCAGCACCGGAGCCAGUUUAUAAAAUUUUUACAUUGAAUACAACGAUCGGUACAAAUGAUAAAAAUGUUACGAUUUUAUUUAUUAAUGGACAAAGUUUUUCACCAGAUUUUCAAAAUCCCACACUUCAAAAGAUAUUGAAUGGGGAAGAUCCUAAUGAAUUGCCAAAAGAUCAAGUAUCAUUUGUUUAUGAUGAAGAACCAAAUGCUGUUAUUGAAAUAAGACUAAUCAAUGCUGGUAAUGUUUCACAUCCAUUUCAUAUGCAUGGUCAUAAAUUUUUUGUCCUUGGAAUUGGAAAUGGAACCGAAGUAGUCGAAAGUGAAUUAAAUUAUAAAAAUCCUAUCGUUCGAGACACUGUUACCUCACCAUCCGAGUCAUGGACCGUUAUUCGUUUUGUAGCCGAUAAUCCAGGUGUAUGGGCUUUUCAUUGCCAUAUUGAAUGGCACGUAGAAAUGGGAUUAGUCGCUCAAUUGAUUGAAUCACCAACCGAACUCGCCAAACGUCAAUUUCCUAAAGAUAUGAGUGAGCUCUGUUCCAAAUAUAACAGAAUGAGUUAUAAAAAUUGUAUUUAA